UUUGAAGCAAUUCUAAAAUGCCACAAGCGUUGCCUAAAAUACGUGUCAUUUUACAGCCGUGCAUGUAGACAUUUAAUUCAGAGCUUUUCACAUCGAGUUUGGCGUAGAUGCUCUUUUUAAUGACUUACGGCGCGUUCUACGGGGCUAUCGCCACUUGCUACUUCAAGGCUCUGAAGUAGCACGUACACGUACAGUUCUUGUCUAAUGAGAUUACACUCAUACGUACUGUUACGUUAAAUAACUCCAGCUUCCAAUAGAAUACGUAGAUUUGUAUGCAUGCUAAUGCUAAAAGACUGGCUGUCACUGGAGCACUCACCAUUUUAGACAAGUGGUUGUUGGAGAGCGGAGGCAGCAGCAGACUGCUCACCCUGAACAGACGGUUGCGGGGCCAUGAGCUGCUCGUCCUCAAGUCCUGAUGUUCGUGGUCCUGUCCUGGUAUGAGCCAGCGGAUGCUCUCUGUCCGCAGGAUGGCAUAUAUAGUGAAGCCUGUGAUGAAGAGGACAGAGAAGACCAGCAGCCAGUCGAUGCUCUUCACCGGGACGCUGGGGAGGGGGCCAAGGCGGUCUAUAUCCGUCACGUUAUUGUCAGGGCUGACUUCAAACCCUGGAACACAAACAGUUUAUCAAAAAAUACAGCAGGCUGGAGGAGCAGUGAUGGAAUACAUAUAGUUUUACUAGUUGAAAGUGUGGUUUAGUUUGGUUUAAAAACUAUAAGAUGGAUACUAAUGACCCCUUGGUGAGUGUAUAUGUAGAAUGCUUUUAUUUGUCAUUUCAGACAAAGCUUACAUGCAAAAAAAAUAAAAGAAAUAAAAACAGAUUUUGAACAGAAAAUCUUUUUCCCAUAAAACUACAACUACAUAGAUUCUGAGAAGUCAGGUGUCAGAUAUUCAGGUGUAGCAAAAAAAGGUGUAGUACUUAAGUCAACCAACCUAAAAAUGAAAUAGAUACAUUCAUUUGACUGAUCCACAAGAGACUCCCUGCUUUUUCUUCAUUUAUGCAGCACCCACAAAAUGUUUACAAUUAUUGAGCAUGGUGGUUUCCAGCAACAAAAACAAAGUAAGUAUAUAGAGGAAUGUCUUAACCCCUGUCCCUGAGAACAAGUGUUUUUACCAGAACUAAUUCAGCAAAGAGUAAGCACUCUAUCCAGAGAAAGCUGAACUUGCUUGUCUUAAAACUCAAAAACUGCAUAAUUUUGUACUGUUUCUACUCAGUUUGUACCCGUCUGGUUAGCGAUGAAGGAGGUGAGUGUCUCCAGCGUUCUGUCAGUGUGGUUGAAGCGAGCCAUGGGUUUGGCCCCCUGGAAUAGCAGAAUGUUGGGCACUGCCACGGUCCCAAACCUUGUGGAGAGACUGGUGGAAGAUGGAGACAGACCAGACACAAAGUGCGGGUUGGGGAUGGCUGAAAUUUGCACGGACGCAAUGCGACAUCAUUUUAAUCAACUGAAGCUGCUACACGGACUAUGCUGCACCAGAGCAGAGGAGAGACAGAUCAGCACCAUGUGAUUUAUCGGAAGCAGAGAGUGAAAUUUACUGACAUUCUGUCGUCGAGAGGAGAAAUGGCGCAGCAACUGAUUCAGCUGGAUCGAGAAAAACUAUGCUGUUCAAUCUGUCUGGAUCUUCUAAAGGAUCCGGUGACUAUUCCCUGUGGGCACAGCUACUGCAUGGGCUGUAUUAAAGACUGCUGGGGUGAGGAGCAUGAGGAGAAAACACACAGCUGUCCUCAGUGCAGGCAGAGCUUCACAACAAGGCCUGUCCUGGUGAAAAGUACCAUGUUGGCAGAGUUGGUGGAGGAACUGAAAAAAGUAGGACCUCAAGCUGCUUCACCUGGAGACGUGGCCUGUGAUUUCUGCUCUGGGAUGAAAGUGAAAGCCUUCAAGUCCUGUCUGGUGUGCAUGGCCUCUUACUGCGAGCAACACCUCCAGCCUCACUACAGCGUAGCUCCUUUAAAGAAACACAAGCUGGUUGAAGCCACAUUGAAGCUUCAGGAGAACAUCUGCUCUCGCCACGACGAGGUGAUGAAGAUUUUCUGCCGCACUGAUCAGAAGUGCAUCUGUUAUCUCUGCUCCAUGGAUGACCAUAAAGGCCAUGAUACAGUCUCCGCUGCAGCAGAGAGGGCUGAGAGGCAGAAGGAGCUCGGGGUGAGUCGGCAAAAAGUCCAACAGAGAGUCCAGGACAGAGAGAAAGAUGUCAAGGUGCUUCAGCAGAGAGUGGAGGUUAUCAAUCAUUCUGCUGAUGAAGCUGUGAGGGACAGUGGGAAGGUCUUCACUGAUUUGAUCUGUUUCAUUAAUAAAAGAAGCUCUGAAGUGAAGCAGCAGAUCAGAUCCCAGCAGACAACUGAGGUGAGUCGAGCUAAAGAGCUUGAGGAGAAGCUGCAGCAGGAGAUCACUGAGCUGCAGAGGAAAGACACUGAGCUGGAGAAACUCUCACACACAGAGGAUCACCUCCAUUUCCUGAACAGCUACCCCUCACUGUCCCGUCUGAGUGAGUCUGAGGACUUACCCAGCAUUGAUGUCUGUCCUCUGAGCUCUUUUGAGGAUGUGACAUCUCACCUCCAUUUGCUGAACAGCUACCCCUCACUGUCCCGUCUGAGUGAGUCUGAGGACUUACCCAGCAUUGAUGUCUGUCCUCUGAGCUCUUUUGAGGAUGUGACAGCAGCGGUGUCAGAGGCCAGAGAUAAACUGAAGUCUGUUCUGAGUGACGAGUGGGCAAAGAUCUCACUGGCAGUGACUGCAGUGGAUGUUUUACUGCCUCAAACAGAGCCCAGAACCACAGCUAAAUUUAUACCAAAAACUGAUGGAGACACUGCUGAGUUGUGUGAGUUCAAGUAGACAGGAGUUUAGAGAGUGAUCCAUCUGUGUACAGAGAUGCACAGAUGAGAUCAAACAGAAGUGGACAAUGAUGUUUUGUCUUGGAUUUUAUGUUGUUUUGUUUGUGUAAAUUCAAUGAAAUGGUGAAAUGAAAAACAACAUUGUUGGCUACAUAGGUAUUAAACUAUUUGUUGAAAUGUGAUCCUUAUUAUAUGUAUAUGUAAAUGUUAUAUGUACUAAAACAAUUGUUAUAAUACACUAUACAUGAAAAAUAUUGCAUUAUGCAAAAUAUCUGACAAAAAACAGUUUUUGUGUGUGUAAGUCUGUUUAAAUUUUUGAGUAUCUGCCAAAUGAAUGAAAUAUAAAGUUAAAAAAUAUGUUUUAAAUGUCACCUUCUGAAAAUACUUUCCUAAUCAUCUUUUUAAGAGUCAGUGUCUUUACGAUAACUUUUUUAAGAAAACAUUCAUGAAAAGUUCCUAACAAAAACCCUAUGAAUAAAUAUAUAAAUAAA